AUGCGAAAGAUUUGUUCUUCAUCAAGAAGAGCUGCUAGUGUCGCUAUUCCAAAGAGAAAGACCUGGUCCGAGGAACAAGUAGUCCGUGCGCUUCGUGAUACCGUCCCUCGUCCAGAAUAUCCCAUCCCUUGGGCACAAGGAGUCCAGCACGAUCAGCGACUGGACUUCACCGAAACUAGAUGGAUUCGCCCAGAAGAUCGAGCGACUUAUCUUCAAAAGAAAGACCUCGGAGUGAAAGCUGCUGAAUAUAUCAUUCGCAACAUGAAGCAAGAGUUUGACUACGACGCUAGCAAAGGAGAGUGGGGUGCGCAUCAUUCGUAUUUUAAUCAGCCGCAGUAUUUUAAAAGCCCAGUCGAGGAGGCCGUUGAGUUUGAUUUCGAUGGAUUUUCACAGUGGCUCUUUCAUAUUCCCCACCGACAUGGACUCGCGGAGUCGAUUCGCUACCAGAAUCCAAAUCGAUCCGGCCGAGAUAUCGCUGCUGCUUUCAAUCUUCUCUGGGAAUCCCCAGACUCGCCCGAUCACGAAGAAAAACUCUUUGCAACAUGCCGUGCAUUGGUUCGCAAUGCUGAUACACCUCUCAAGCUGCGUGCGUCUCUCAUCAACUGGUCACUUCAGAAUGCGAAGCAAAACGAGCAGUUUUCCGAGUUGAGCGAAAUCAUCGCCGACGGAUUCGACAAUCUAUCCGCUAUCAGAAACGGUGCAACGAUAUCAGCCGACGAUGAAGCAGACUGGGUCGCGCAAUUCAAAUUCGACAUGGACGAUGGGGCGAUUGAGAAACUCUUCAAAAGCGCCAAGCUUCCAACAGUUCGACUUCUCAACGCAUUCAUGAGAACGAAAACGAGUACAACGAACGUUGUCGGCAAUACUAAAUUUGCGAGAAACAUACAGAAGAACUUUGAAAAUCUUGGUUUUAAAAUGAGCCCUGCUACGUUUUCUGAGUACUACAGACUUAUCGAUGAGACUCAUCGAAAUCACCUAUCAAGGCAAAUGAUGGAAUGGGAUUUUGAAAAGGAGGGCUUUUUGGAAGCAAGCUCGGACUAUAAAGAUUACGAAGCAUUUAGUAAUAUAGUUAAAAAUCUGAAGCAACGGGCCGCAAAAGUUUCACUCACAAAAGAUGCCGAAGCCGCUGCCCUGGAUCGUCUUAAUUUCCGAAACGCUUCCAUCUCCAUACAAAAAUUAAUAAUGACCAAUCCUCAAUUUCUUCCCCGCGACGAGUUCUACUCUGUCUUUCUUGAUUUGAAAGAUAUCGAGUUGAAAUUCGCAUCUGAGCCGGCCGAAGUUUGGGAUGCAUUUACGUCGAGUCCGAUUCAGCCGACUGAAUUGCAAGCUGCGGUGCUCAACUGGGCGAUUCAGAAUAAGAAUUUUAGCUUGGCAGCGCGAUUGUACCAGUGGCUCGAUUACCACGGCCUUUCAGUCUAUUCGAGACAGCUGGCUAGAAGUUUGCUGGAUUAUGCACUUGAUACAGCGCAUUCCAAAGUUGGAGACAUCAGCUCCUAUCAGGAAGGCACUGAUAACGCCCUGGUGAGCCAGCUGAUCGUUGUUGCUGUGAAAGAACUAGAAUAUAUUAUUGAGUUCAUAAAGCUCGAUGGAAUAGAUGAUUUGAGAAGAAGCCAGGUUCAGCAAACUGUCACCGCUGCGUUUAGUAUUUUAAUGAAGUGUAACCACGAAAAAGCCAUGCGAGAGUUUAUUCUUUCUUUGGCGCUUGAUCGAGGACGACCGCCGAUUGAAAAUAUGCUUAUUGAUAAGGAAAGAAUGGAAGACUUCGCGAUAUAUUUGUAUACAAUUUUAGCGGUGCUUGUGGGAGCGCUUAUAUUUUUAUUAAAGAAAUCUGGAGGCGAUGAUGCCCAACAAGAAGCUCAACAAGCUCCUCGUGUCAGACCAGCUGGUCCUGCUCAGGCUGGCCCAGGAGGGCGCAGGAGGAAUUUCAACAGAAGAAAUCGGGCUCAAGAAAAUGAUGAGGCCGCUUUUGAUGACUCCGAUGGCGAAGGAGUUGCAGAGGCAAAAACAUCUGAAAAAAUUGGCACGAAAAAAGCCCGAAAACUUGAAGAAAAAGAGGCCCGUGCUGCUCAAAGAAAAUUCGAAGAAGAAGAGCGAAAGAAAAACAAAGAAAUCCAAGAGGAACGAAGAGCUGAACAUUUGAAAAAGCUCGAAGAAGAAGACCGACUGGAGCAAGAAAGAGAGGAAGAAGAACGCAGACUCGAAGAAGAGAGGAUAAAAAAGGAACAAGAAGAAUAUGAAGCGAUGAAAUGCGAAUUUGAAAUCGAGGAAGAAGGAGAAGACGCUAAAACAGAGGAACAAGAGGCCGAAGAAAAGAGGAUUUUCAUCAGUUACAUCAAGGAGAAAAAGGUCAGCUUCGUUGAGCAAAUUGCUUCAGAAUUCGGUAUGCGAAAUGCCGAGACUGUAAAGAAGCUUCAAUCCCUGCUUGAAAGCGGAGACCUCACCGGCGUUUUAGACGACAGAGGAAAAUUCAUUUUCAUUACACUUGACGAGUUACAAUCUGUCGCGGAGUGGAUCAGUAAAAAAGGUCGCGUUUCUGUUCCCGAUGUUCAAAGAGAAUCCAACAAGCUCAUCAAACUUGCAUAA